AUGCAAUCUGUGAAGUCCCAGCACAUGUGCUGUUUCCACAAAUUCCUAAAAUGUUUACCAAAAAAACUGGUAACUAGUAAAUGUAGACUCUCUUUGUCUUCUCAAUAAGCUAGUGUGUUUUCAGUACUCCAUGUUUCUUCAUUAGUCUAUGGAGUAGUCACUUAACUGUUUAAACUGAAACCUCAUUGUAGCCUAGCCUAGACCUUUUGACUUUCUUAUGAAGCUUAAGUGUGGUAAUCUUGGCUGAUUAAGCUUCAAUAUAGAAUAAAAAAAUAAGUUGUAUAAGACAAAGUUUUAGCCUCAGAAGAAGCUUUUUAAGUAUCAUAGAGUACUUUGUUUUAAUGGCAACAAUAUCCGAUUUUGCGAUGGAAAAAAGACACAUUCAAUAACCCUUAUCUCAUUUUCAUGUCCUUUGCUGUGAACAGCUGAACAGCUACUAGUUAGGUUAAAGGUAAAACCUAACUAGUGGCAUCUACAUCAAACUUUCCAGAUUACCCCCCUUAUACAAAUGUUUUCUGCAGGUAAACAGAAACCUUAUGAUAGUAAUGGUGGGGAAUGUAAAGUGAUCAGACGGACUGCAUCAUUAGAUACAAUUUAUUUAAAAGGACAAUGGCCACGAGAUAUUUUUUAUUGGAACAUUGGCAUGUUGCAAAUAGACAAAGCUACACAGACUGAUGAUGCAGAUUGGGUAGAUUUAAGGAAGAUACACAGUAUAUCAGAACUAGAAGAUACUGUAGAUAAACUAGACUCGAGGCAGACAAUUAAGGGUACCAAAGAUAGUGCACGGAGGAGUUCUCCCAGUGAAAAUACACUUAGUUCCAGUUCACAAACAUACCCAUGGUAUGUUCUAUCGCCAGUAUCGAAGUCGCUCCCAGUGACCUUGAAACCCCUCCCGCGCUCCUCGAUCCGCAGCAGCGUGGAGGGUCUGAACCAGGAGAUCGAGCGAAUUGUACUGCGCGACGAAUCGGGCAGCACCCUAGUGAGGCCUCCUAGCGGUGGAGGGCACAGCAGCGGACGAUGCUCGGAGGGCAGAAGGGCUCCGCUGGCGGAGAUGUUUCAUGGCGAAGGUUGGCGGUCGGUGGACACGCAAACGCCGGGGGCUGAUGAGCGGCAAGGUAGCGGGUCGUCGGAAGGGAGCGAGACGUCCAGUCCCGACCAAGAAACGAACAGACUCGGCUCCUCUCCUCAAAUCAACCGAUUCCUCGCCCGGGAACCUCCAGACGGUUGCGAAAAGGUACAAUCCAAAUCCUUGGAUGAAAAAGGAUUGCCGAUCGAGUCGAUCGUAGCACCGCCUACAGCGUUUAAGUUGCGACCGAGUCUCGGUUCCGCUUUCCAGAUCCUUCAACAGGCCAGCCCCAGCAGCCAAGACGUGUCACUAGUGCCCCCCGACUUCGAGAAUAACUAGCCCCCCGUUUUAUGUGUCGUCGUCGAUUGUCGGUAUGUCGAGUGGUUGACGCAAGUUUAUCUGUGAUUUUUAGGGUGUAAGAAUAAAUUUACAUUACGCAGAGCCAGGAAACGAUACCUUGUUGGCUCUUGAAAAUUUGUCUUGUUAGAUGGAACACUCGGUGAGAUUAUUUUGGGUUCUGGUAACGUAGAACAAAAUAUAGAUUCAAAUAAACCCAGGUCUCAUAAUGCUUGUGCAACCGCAAUACACCCGUGGUUCAAACAAAUUUGGGCUGCAUAUCGGUAGAUUGUCGUGUUUAAUGGGCGGUAAUAGGGAAAGCUAUAAGUAGAUCGACGGUUAAAAACAGACAAAAUGUCAAUUGCUGAUUAGUUGUUUACAUUAAUAAACUUCAAAACCAUCUAGAUGCGACCUCCAGCCACACUAGUGCUCUGCCUAGCAGAAGCGAAAUUGGGCAUUGAUGUCAUUUGAAAAACCUCGUAAGUUAGCACUAAGUGAAGUAUGGAUUAGCCGAGCUUGCUAGAUAAUAUUCGAAUGGACCCUUAUGAAAAUUUUGAACACCUUGAUAUUCAUUGAAAGAAUUGGCAUAUGUCAAAGAGGUUGUGCUAAGGAGAGCUGCGUUCGUAAAUUGCUACAGAGUGUACUUUGUAACAAUUUUAGCGUUCGAAAUUGUUUGACAUAUCAUUAGUUUGUCACUACAUGACUCUGUAAUAAUCUAGCCGUUCUAAAAAUAAUUAUUACAGUAUUCCAGAGUAAAUUUCAUCUGUCAUUCUACAUUCCAUUAUUGUGUACGGUAUCACGUUACCAAGUGUCGAUAGCGAGCGAUAUAGUCUAAUCAUAUUAGAGGAAAAUACCACUGAUUUGCGAAAUAAUUGUAAAGUCUGGUUUUAUUGCUGCAAGUAGGAUGUAUUCAAAACAUGGACGCAUAAAAUGGGUACACCAAUUUUUGUAGGAAAAUUUUUUAUUCGACAACAAAGAAUGAGAAAACGUGUUUUUUGGGAUUCAAUCGAAACUGUUGGCUGGAACGAAAAAACUCUUCAUAUAAGAUUUUUAGGUAUGAGACCACACCUUACAAAGAAUUUCAAGUAGUUGCGUGAAAUUAUCGUCGCAUUACCAACAAGUUCCAAAACCUGCAUUUUGGCUCGGUUUUCGGCCAUAACAUUUUUGCUAUUUGUCGGAUCUUUUUACGUGUGGUCUCAUUUUGUUGGUCUCAUGAAUACCUAAAUACCUUAUUUGAAGAAUUUUUCGGUUUCUGACAACGCUUUCGAUUAAAUCCCAAAAAACACGUUUCCUCGUUCUUUGUUGACGAAUAAAAUGUUUUCCACAAAAAUUGGUGUACCCAUUUUAUGCGUCCAUAUUUUAAAUACCCCCUUGAACAACUUGCACCAAUAAAACCAGACUUUUCAAUUACUUCGGGGAAAUUUGCUAGUAUUAUUAGACUAGUAUUCAGACACUGAGCUAAGCUGUACUUCAUGCAGUGCUAGUUCUUAGCAACUAGAUGCAACUUGACUUGAGUGUAACCAUUCAGUCAGAAUCUUUUGGAGCAUUGCUGUUAUUCUUUUCUGAAGAAAUUGGUUUUUGGUAACUUUUCUCUGGACCUCUUUCGAGUUAUAACCGACUUUUAGUAUAAAAAACCCUAAAAAUAGCCAUUUUCGAUAAUUAAAAAAAUAAUUUUAGAGGUUGUCAAUUGUCUAAAUAUCAAAGCCUAUGAACUACAUUUGAAGUAUUGGUUUAUUGAGGUAUUGCAAGUGGUAUGGGAUCUGGGCGUUGCUGUUGAAUAGUCUCAAGACUUUCGAUGGUCAAAAUUGUCAAUUAUAUUUUUGUAGGAUCUUUUAUGCCGGCAUUCUGAAUAGUUUGAAAUAGAUGUUAAUUCAUGUUUCAUAAAAACUAUGUAGCAAACUGAAAACUGCGAACGCUUUUAAUUUUUUCUUUACAUGGGUAAACAUGUAGCCAUCACUGGGAUCGAGGACGACUUUAUAUAUUUUUACAAUUAUUUUUCAUAAAUAUGUUGAUCCUACUGUCUCCUUUUUUAUACUAUUGUAAGAAUAAAAAUAUUUAUGGUCUA